AUGGCUUCCAAGAAUGCCAAGAAGAGUUUCAACGCAGACUAUUCGGACGUGGCUUUCAGCUACGAAAAGCUGAACAACGAACGAAAGUACUCCAAGAUGGAGCCUUCUGUUGCGCCAUUCGGCCCCAAAGAUGCUACCAGCCAACAAGACAACCCUCAUGGUCCGCGACAUAUACCACGACUCCCUCAUGCUCCUGGCGUAGCAACACCCAACAAGAUCCGCGGGCUCGGAUUCCACACCCCCGUCCAGUCUGACUUGGACACUGCUCGGCCUACUGCUAUGAAGAACAAAAACAAGAACAAGUUCAAGCCUGGGAAGUCGAUAUGGGGAGGGGGUGGAGCGCCACUGUUUGUAAAGGCUGGAGAGCUUUUCAAAGAUGGAGAAGUCGAUGUCAUCACUCAGGACGAAGACAAGGAGAUUCAUGUCGACAAGCUCCCCCUGUCCGAUCCAUCAGCUCCACAGAUGUCCGAUCUGCAGGAUGAAGUGGAGAUCGACGUCUAUCGUCAGCCGUCCAUCGUGCCCGACAACAUUGCGCCCAACGUGGCCGCAGAUGCCGAGCUUGAGGGAGAAGACGUCGCGAACGUGACCAAAUUCACCGAGUCGCUCUCUAUCCACGCCCAAGUGGGUGAUCUUAGCAUUGAUCAGGUGGACGAGGAGUAUACCUGGAAUCAGAAAGCUACGGAGGCAGCCCCGGUAGAACCAGAGGAGCCUCUGUUCUUCGUGGACACCGAACCCACAGACGACAAUGCGUUUUUCGUGGAUACCAGCCCGACCGAUGACAAUGCUGGUCCCUCGUUCACGCCACAGUACAACACUAUAUCUGCCCCUGCUCUCGGCACGACCGCCAAUAGUGAUUCGGACGAAGAGGACAUUGUGUUUGUGCCCCGGACCUUCAACCAGCCGAAACCUAUCGCUCUUCCCUCGUACGGCCAAUCUAGGCAAAGUCAAACACAACCCCAGCCAGAAUGGCAGCCCGCACCUGUUCCUUCCCAACCUCCCACGCACUGGGGUCCAAAGUCCCGCAUCGUACCGCCGACCUACUCUCCGCCUGACGAACGGGCAUCUCUCGGUUGGGACGACGAGUCCUCGGCUCUUCCCCAGUCCUCCCAUGCUGCCAAAAAGCUGGGCAAGACCGCCAAACGCGCUGCUCGUAAAGAACGCAAGAAGGAGAAGCGCGGUGCCCGUCGUUCCGCGCUGGACCCCGCGUCCAGGGUAGCCAGACAAGACUCGGAUGUCGAGUGGGGGACGCCAGGACCUCCAUCAGGGGAUGAGAUGAUGAGGGUCGAUUCCGAAGAUGACCGCGCCCGACGAAGGGAGAAUGAGGAUAUCUUGAGAGACUAUAUGGAAGGUGUCAAGCUUGGGCUGCGUAAUGAUCAAGAGGAUGAACAGGAAGAUGAUGGGAUUGAUGCUGAAGCUCUUGCCAAUUGGGCAAACAAGGCGAACGCUUAUGCGGGCGGCCAAGGCUUUGACGACGACAGUGAGGACGAGGAAGUCAAGCCUGCCGCGAAAAAGCCCAAGUCUCAGCCCCGCCCCGUUGCAGCUGCCCCUCAAGCCAAGGCGCAUGCUCUCGAAGCCAGUUCGGAGGAUGAGGUUGAAGAGCUUGCCGCUUUUGACUCUUGGGUUCAAAAGGUGAACGGGCAGACGCAAGAGAGCGAUGAUGGGAUGGAUCUCGAAGAAGGGAAGGUCAGCCACGAGCCUCACGUCGUCAGAUCAGAGACAGCCUCCCGUACCCGUCCCUCCGCUCUGUCCGAUAUGCCGUCAGAGCGCCAGUCGCCUUGGGAGAGAAGACAGGCUGAUUUCCAGAACAUCGUCAAGGACGACGGAGACGAUGCCGAGUCGCUCGGGGACGAUGCCGAUUCGCUCGCGCAAUGGGCCAACAGAGUCAACAAAGGCGGCGACAUCGACGACGAUGACGAAUCGGAUGAGGAUGCUCCAGCAUUGGCCAAGAGCCAGUCAGAAAGACCCAUCGUUCGCUUUAGUCAGCCAGCCACCCACACUGAUGACGACGGCGGCGCGGAAGAAUAUGAUGCUCUCUCGAAUUGGGUCAAUCGUGUCAACGCCGGUGAAGAGCUUGACGAUGACGACGACGACAUGGGCAUGUCUCAUGCCCCGGCUCAAGAGAAGGAAGAACCGCAAGAGGGAUGGCUUGGUCACACGGCUGAAGAGGACAAACGGGUGUCCGAGGCAAAGGAUGAAGACGACUCGUCGUCGUCUGGGACCUCGGUCUUUGACGUGACGGAGCUCGAGGAACAUCAUCGCAAACAACUCUUUGACGGUUCCAACAAAUGGGAUGACGAAGAUGGGGAUAAAGGAGAAGAGCAAGAGAAUGACGACGAUGAAGAGGACGAAGUGGGAGAAGACGGUAGUGAGGAUAGUGAGGAUAGUGGGGAUAGUGAGGACCAAGGCGAUGAUCUUGAUCAGACAGAUUGGUUUGUUCAAGCAAUGGAGGAUGCCUUGAUUGGACGUGAUGUCGAUCUCGAUGAUUAUAGAGGAAAGAGCAUCUUCAAUCCUAUGGGGGAGGAUACUUUCCCUGACGACUUCGCACCCACAAAGAAAAGCAAGAAGGGAAAGAAGCUCAAGGGUAUCUCCAUGGAGCUUCAAGUCCAGUGGGAGAAGGACAGAGCCACGAAAGCCGAGAAGAAGAGGCAGAGAGAAUUGGAGCGCCAAGCUGAAGUACUCGAUCUAUCUGCGCUCUUGGGCGCCUCUAGCUCGAGGAAGGCAAAGGGAAAGAAGGGAAAGAAGAUGGACAAGAAGACCUCCAAGAAGAUUGCUCAAGCAUCUGUGGCUCAUCUUGUAUCCGGCUCUGCAGCUGAGAUUGCAGACAUGUUCUCUGACGAGAAUAUGUCGGAUGAAGACGACGACGUCGAGUUCGACAUGGAAGGACUGGGCAAGUACGGUUCAGGCCGCAAAGCUCAGAAUGCGCGCUUCUCAAUGGGUGGCAAGCGUCAAUCCAGACCCGAGUCGCCUCAGUUCCUGCCUCAGCAGCCUGGACGGAAGAAGAUCCCCGUGGCCACCGAUUGGACUUCUCUUGACUGGGUGGAUGACCUUAUCCAAAACUUCUUGGAUGAUAAGAAACAGGAGCAAAUCACCUUGCCUCUGUUGGACAAGGUCACCAGAAAGAAAGUGCACAUGUUAGCGGAAUGUUACGGUGUAAAGUCCAAUUCUCGUGGAUCUGGAAAGAAGAAGUCGAUUGCUCUGAACAAGACCAAACGAUCAGGAGUCAAUGUCAAGACGCAAGUCCGCGACCGCCUUCUCGGGGCUGCUCCUUACUCUGGAGGCAUGUUCUACAAGGCACUGCACUCCAAGUCUAGUGCUGGAAAACCGAAAGUCAAGGGUAAAGACUGGGGCGCUGGACAAUCUGCCAAGGCUAUAGAGGGAGAGGAGGUCGGAUUUGGUGCAGACAAGAUUGGCAAUGAUAACGUCGGCCACAAGUUGCUCAGUAUGAUGGGUUGGGCCGAAGGCGAAAAGAUCGGAAAGGCAGGAGGCAGUGGUAUCGAUAUGCCGUGA